AUGAACACGGCAGUCACCAUCCACCACGGCCCCUACGAAACAAUCCCACCCACCGCAUCCCCAGGCCUCCUCUUCCUCCAACGCUUCCUCCCAGCCGCCGACUCCCUCAACCCAAACAACCACUCCAUCCACCCCUUCUUCACGCCCAACGCCCCAAUUCUAAUCGGCAGCAACCCGCCAACAACAGCCACCGACGCGAUCCCCCUCCUCCAAGUCCGCGGCCGCCAUCUCGCGCAUUUCCGCCACGAAGUCCAUCUCGCCUGGGACAUGGAUUUAAGCCGGGAAAGUGGCAAUGAAGACACCACCGCCACCACUACUGCUGCUGCUGGGGCAUCGACAGUCGCCCGCGACGAAACUACCCUCUACGCACCACUUACCAGCGGCGUUCAGCUUAAACGAACGGUUAUGUUUGAGGCUACCUCGGAAACAGUGUUUAAGAAUGACCCCGAUGAGUUCCCCGUUAAGUUACGGGAGUUUAAUAUUCUUGAUCUUGAGGGCGGGUGUGUGGAUGAUUUGCAGAUUGUUGAGAUGAGGGUUUUUAUGGAUGCGAGGCCUGUACAGGCUCAUGCGGCCAGGUUGCAUAUGGAGUCUGCUUUUGGGGGUGGGGCUACCCAGGAGGCGCCUGGUUAG